GAUUGAGCAGAGCGCAAUUUCAAGGCUUGACGCAUAAGACUAAAGAAAAAGACUGAGAUCAGAAAAUUAUCCAGGGUUUAUUGAAAGCAGGGUAUAGUCAUUACCAUGUCUUCCCGCGUCCGCGUUCUCAUGUGCCUAGUGGUGGCGGUAGCGAUGAGAGGUGCUGCUGGGUGUGUAGAAGAUGUAAACUUUGUUCGCGUCGGCUGCUACAAUGACCCUCAAGAACAUCCCCGACCACUUCCCGAAAUCCUGGAGAACUUCCGACUGCCUCCGAAUAAUCUUAACUGGACCGAUCUGAACAGUAGCGUGGUGGAAGAAUGCGCGCGCUUAGCUGAGCAGAAGAACUAUUCUUACUUUGGGGUGCAGUUCUGGGGAGAGUGCUGGUCGGGACCGCAGGCUCAAGAUACAUAUGACAGAGAUGGGCAUUCUGAUGAAUGCUAUGAAGAGACAGUGGGGAUGGAUAAUGCGAAUAUGGUGUAUCGUCUCACCGGGAAAGAGAAGGAAUGCGAAGAAUACAGGAAUAUAGACGAUCCUACAAGGUCAGCACUCUACACAGGUUUUAGCCAGCCGUGUGAUGUGGAUAUUUUCGGAGGAGACAGGGUUCGUUUUUACGGGGGAGUCUGGGGCACAAAUGCCGACUGACCCCGUACUCGAAAAGCAUUGCGGCAUCACCGAACCUGGAUGGCUAAAUGUAAUCAUCCCGCGGUGACUGAUGGGAAUGUCGUACGAGAUAUCUGUUUUACUUACAAGGAUAAUACGUGUGACUCGAAAGUCGAAGCUACUGUGAAAAACUGCGGUCGAUUCUACGUAUAUAAACUUGGUUCAACGGAAGGAUGUCCAAGGCGGUACUGCGGAAAAUGGUACAACUUCCGGUCUUUCAUACUGAUGGUCUUACUCAUGAACUAUUGUUGUGUGAGAUGACAAUAAAGUUUUUUCGUGUCUUGUUUUUUAAAUGGAAGAUUCUGAUUCAUACAUGGAGCUGGGACUUGGAUAGAUCUGAAAAAAACACACAGCUUGGAUCAUAAGUAAAUUCGGUGAGAGUAAAUACGCUAGGCCACAAUAUGUGUGACAAAAAUUCAUGUGCAUUGUAAAGCUUUACUUGUGGAAUAAAUCAUUGUUGUCAUACAGCAUCUCUGCAUAA